AUGAUAGAUCUAAUCUAUUGGGUGCUAAAAAUAUUCGUGCUGUAUCGUAUCUUGCGGACAUUAAUAGCAUUUUGCUCAGCUGUAGUGAUAUACGUUAUUGCUCCACUAUUUUACAAACCCAAUUUUGAUCCAUACAAAGGACGAUGGACAGUAGUUACGGGUGGCACUGAUGGCAUUGGUAAAGCAUAUACUAUUGAACUGGCAAGGAAUGGUUUGCAUAAAUUUGUUCUCAUUGGUCGAAAUGAAGAAAAACUUCAAUAUAUGAAGACAUAUUUGAAAGAUAAUUUUGAUGCGCGUGUGCAAACUUAUUUGUUUGAUUUCUAUGAUGGGAAUUAUGACGAUUUACGAAAAUUCAUCGAUAAUAUCAAUGUUGGCUUCGUCCUGAAUAGUGUUGGCACUGGACGAGAACAAAUGGAGCGGUAUGGUGAAAAUCCUGAAGCUGACCAUAAAAUACUCAAAGUAAACGGACUGGGCGCCGCAGAUUUUUUGUCAAUAGUUUUACCAACAAUGGAAAGAAAUGGUGGUGGACAAAUAAUUGUUUUAUCAUCGAGUCAGGGUUACCGGCCCUUUCCAUUAAUCGCAUCAUAUUGCGCUUCGAAAGUCAUGUUGACAUUCUUAUGUGAGUCAAUUAAUCGUGAGUGGUCAACAAUUAAAGUUCAGUGUUUGACACCGGCUUUGAUAUCAACAAAAAUGACACGCUAUGAUAGUGAACAUACAUCAUUAUUUGUUAAAAAAGCAGACGAUUUUGCAAGAGAUGCUGUGAAAACCAUUGGUUUAACAAGUAUCACAGCUGGUUGUUUCAAUCAUGAGAUUCAGUUGCUUCCGCGACACUUAUUUCCGUGGUCAAUCUUGAAGUACAUGGUCUUACCCAUCUAUUUGUUCCACAAAAAAAGGACUGAUCCGGUUCACAGACUUCACUCAAAAGGCUCUAGUGAUAAGGUUUUAAGUUCACUCGAUUUCACUUUCAAGCAGUAA